AUGGUUGAGAUGCUGAAGAUUGUAUUGUCUGAGAUGUUCUCUGAUGUUCUGGUCUCUGAUGCUCUGGUCUCUGAUGCUCUGGUCUCUGAUGCUCUGGUCUCUGAUGCUCUGGUCUCUGAUGCUCUGGUCUCUGAUGCUCUGGUCUCUGAUGGUCUGGUCUCUGAUGCUCCGGUCUCUGAUGCUCCGGUCUCUGAUGCUCUGGUCUCUGAUGCUCUGGUCUCUGAUGCUCUGGUCUCUGAUGCCCUGGUCUCUGAUGCUCCGGUCUCUGAUGCUCCGGUCUCUGAUGCUCCGGUCUCUGAUGCUCUGGUCUCUGAUGUUCUGGUCUCUGAUGUUCUGCAUACUGUUAAUCUUUACAUCAUAGUGAAAUUAAAUCACAGAAUCUUAAUUAAUCUCAGAUUAGUGGGGUGUGGUUUGUGUCUUCCCUCCUUUUGGAAGGUUGGUGGUUCGUUCCCAGGAAGGUUGGUGGUUCGUUCCCAGGAAGGUUGGUGGUUCGUUCCCAGGAAGGUUGGUGGUUCAUUCCCAGGAAGGUUGGUGGAAGGAAGGUUGGUGGUUCGUUCCCAGGAAGGUUGGUGGAAGGAAGGUUGGUGGUUCGUUCCCAGGAAGGUUGGUGGUUCGUUCCCAGGAAGGUUGGUGGAAGGAAGGUUGGUGGUUCGUUCCCAGGAAGGUUGGUGGUUCAUUCCCAGGAAGGUUGGUGGAAGGAAGGUUGGUGGUUCGUUCCCAGGAAGGUUGGUGGAAGGAAGGUUGGUGGUUCGUUCCCAGGAAGGUUGGUGGUUUGUUUCCAGGAAGGUUGGUGGUUCGUUCCCAGGAAGGUUGGUGGAAGGAAGGUUGGUGGUUCGUUCCCAGGAAGGUUGGUGGUUCGUUCCCAGGAAGGUUGGUGGAAGGAAGGUUGGUGGUUCAUUCCCAGGAAGGUUGGUGGAAGGAAGGUUGGUGGUUCGUUCCCAGGAAGGUUGGUGGUUCGUUCCCAGGAAGGUUGGUGGAAGGAAGGUUGGUGGAAGGAAGGUUGGUGGUUCGUUCCCAGGAAGGUUGGUGGAAGGAAGGUUGGUGGUUCGUUCCCAGGAAGGUUGGUGGUUCGUUCCCAGGAAGGUUGGUGGUUCGUUCCCAGGAAGGUUGGUGGAAGGAAGGUUGGUGGUUCGUUCCCAGGAAGGUUGGUGGUUCGUUCCCAGGAAGGUUGGUGGAAGGAAGGUUGGUGGUUCGUUCCCAGGAAGGUUGGUGGAAGGAAGGUUGGUGGUUCGUUCCCAGGUCGAGUCAUAACAAAAGCCCAAAGCCUCUUUGCCCCUUUAAUGCUGAGUGCCAAGCAAUCUGUGAAUUCCAUUUUUUGGAUGAAUGAAAUAGUUAUAAACACCCAUUGAUACUUGAGGAAUAUAACUUAUACAGUUGAUGUCGGAAGAUUACGUACACCGUAGCUAAAUAAAUGUAAACUCAGUUUUUCACAAUUCCUGACAUGUAAUCCUAGUAAAAUUCCCUGUUUUAGGUCAGUUAGGAUCACCACUUUUAUUUUAAGAAUGUGAAAUGUCAGAAUAAUAGUAGAGAAUUAUAUAUUUAAGCUUUUAUUUCUUUCCUCACAUUCCCAGUGGGUCAAAAGUUUACAUACACUCAGUUGGUAUUUGGUAGCAUUGCCUUUAAAUUGUUUAAUUCGGGUCAAACGUUUAGUAUAGCCUUCCACAAGCUUCCCACAAUAAGUUGGGUGAAUUUUGGGCCAUUCCUCCAGACAGAGCUGGUGUAACUGAGUCAGGUUGGUAGGGAUCCUUGCUCGCACAUGCUCUUUCAGUUCUGUUAACACAUUUUCUAUCGGACUGAGGUCAGCUUUGUGAUGGCCACUCCAAUACCUUGCCUUUGUUGUCCUUAAGCCAUUGUGCCACAACUUUGGAAGUAUGCUUGGGGUCAUUGUACAUUUGGAAGACCAAUUUGUGACCAAGCUUUAACUUCCUGACUGAUGUCUUGAGAUGUUGCUUCAGUUUAUCCACAUAAUUUUCCUGCCUCAUGAUGCCAUCUAUUUUGUGAACAGCACCAGUCCCUCCUGCAGCAAAGCACCCCCACAACAUGAUGCUGCCACCCCCGUGCUUCAUGAUUGGGAAGGUGAUCUUCGGCUUGCAAGCCUCCCCCUUUUUCCUCCAAACAUAAUGAUGGUCAUUAUGGCCAAACAGUUUCAUCAAACCAGAGGACAUUUCUCCAAAAAGUAUGAUCUUUGUCCCCAUGUGCAGUUGCAAAGCGUAGUCUGGCUUUUUUAUGGCGGUUUUGGAGCAGUACCUUCUUCCUUGCUGAGUGGCCUUUCAGAUUAUGUUGAUAUAGGACUUGUUUUACUCUAUAUAUAGAUAGUUAUGUACCUGUUUCCUCCAGCAUCUUAACAAGGUCCUUUGCUGUUGUUCUGGGAUUGAUUUGCACUAUUCGCACCAAAGUAUGUUCAUCUCUAGGAGACAGAACGCGUCUCCUUCCUGAGCGGUAUGAUGGAUGCAUUGUCCCAUGGUGUUUAUACUUGCGUACUAUUGUUUGUACAGAUGAACGUGGUACCUUCAGACGUUUGGAAAUUGCUCCCAAGGAUGAACCAGACUUGUGGAGGUCUACAAUGUUUUUUUCUGAGAUCUUGGCUGUUUUAUUUUGAUUUUCCCAUGAUGUCAAGCAAAAGAGGCACUGAGUUUGAAGGCAGGUCAGUAAAAGGGAUAUUCUACAAUGACGGACUACACCGGCCCGAACCCGGAUGACGCUGGGCCGAACCCGGACGACGCUGGACCGAACCCGGACGACGCUGGACCGAACCCGGACGACGCUGGACCGAACCCGGACGACGCUGGACCGAACCCGGACGACGCUGGGCCGAACCCGGACGACGCUGGACCGAACCC